AUGAGCUCCCUUUGCCCCUUAAUAGGGGCAGAAACCCCCUUGGGAGUUGGCUUUCCCAGCAUAAGUUGCUGCUGCUGCUGCAGCAGCAGCAGCAAUGCUGGCUGCAGCAGCAGCAGCUGCUGCGUCCCCCAGUAUGAACAGCAGCAGCAGCAGCAGCAGCAGCAGCAGCAGCAACGCCGUUUUAUUGGUCUUGACGUUGCCCCCUCACACCACAUCUCUCUCGAGCUGAGGCCACGGGAGCUGCUGCUGUGGCUGACGUCCCCUCCGGCGCCGCAGCUUUCUGCAAAGGAUGCAGCAGCAGCAGCAGAUGCAGCAGCAGCAGCAGCAGCAAGGGCAGAUGCAGCAGCAGCAGCAGAUGCAGUAGCAGCAGAUGCAGCAGCAGCAGAUGCAGCAGCAGCAGAUGCAGCAGCAGCUGCUGCACGAGGCCGGCUCAUGGGCAGGAUCCAGCUGCCGCUGCAGCUCAAUGUUUCAAGUGCUGCUGCUUCUGUUGUUGCUGCUGAAAGCAGCAGCAAGACAACUGCAGCAGCCGGCAGCAGCUGCUGCAGCAGCAGCUCCUGUAGCUGCUGCAGCAGCAGAGUAAUUGCUGUUGCAGCAUUUCUGGAGGGAAAGCAGCAACUUCUUCGGCUGCUGCUGGCGCUGGGUGGCUGCUGCAGCUGUUCGACAGCAGCAGCAACAACUGCAGCAACAGCUGCUGCUGCUGCUGCUGCUGCUGCUGCACAGCCACAACCCCAAGGCCCGCAGCAGCUGCCUAGUGUAUCCCUUUCAAGUGUAUAUACAGCGUGCCUCUGUUGGUGCUUAUCACCAGCAGCAGCAGCAGCAGCAGCAGCAGCAGAAGCAGCAGCAGCAGCAGCAAAUGAACUAGACUAUAGUAGUCCUCCUCCCCUUAAGAAAAGACGGUCUGCUGCUAGAGCAGCAGCAGCGCCUGGAGAAACAGCAGCAGCUGCCACCGCAGCUGCUGCUGCAGCAGAUGCUGCUGCUGCUGCUGACAGGCAGCAGCAGCUUUUUGUCAUUGGGGCAGAUCUGCUGCUGCUGCAGCGUGCUGCAGGAGCGCCGCUGCUGCUGUCGCUGCCGCCCACUCCGCGUGCUGCUGCUGCUGUUUUUGCAGCAUGCUGCUGCAGCAGCAGCAGCAGCAGCAGCAGCAGCGAGGAUAGCUGCUGCCUCCUUCACAGCGCCUGGAGGGAGCAGCAGCAGGAGGAAGAAGCAGCAGCAGAUGCAGCGGAGUGCUACGCGUACUGCAGCAGCAGCGGCAGCAGCUGCUGCUGCAGCUGCUGCAGCAGUGCUGCUGCUGCAGAGUCCCCAGUGCUGCGCCCCGCAGGGGCCCCACUUAAGGCUGCAGCGCCUCCAAAGGCGGAGGCGCUGCUGCUGUACCUUCAGCAGCAGCAGCAGCAGCAGCAGCAGCAGCAGCAGCAGGAAGGUGAGGUGUUCAGCAGCAGCGCUGCAGUUUCCUCUGAGCUGCGGUGUCUGUACAGCAGCAGAGGCUGCUGCUUCUCCUUGGGGAGGCUGAGGGCUGCUGCAGCUCUGCUGCCGCGUGCUGCUGCUGCUGCUGCUGCUGCUGCUGCUCGCUUCCCAAUCCGAUUGCUGUGGGGACAGCAGCAGCAGCAGCAGCAGCAGCUGACGGUGCUCUGCAUGGCAGCAGUUCCAACAGCAGCAGCAGCAGCAACGCCAUCGAGAUAUUUCUGCAUGUUCUGCGUUGCGCCACGACCUGCUGCUGCUGCUGCUGCUGCUGCUGCUGCAGAGGUGACAGGGGAAGCUGCAGCGUGGCUGCUGCUGCUGUGCGUCUCCCCACGCUCUGCAGCAGUUGUUGCUGCUGUGUCAGUGCCACUGCAGCAGCAGCAGAUGCCGCUGUCCGCUGCGCCUGCUCUCUUGCUGCUGCUGCUGCUUGCAGCGGCAACAGCGGCACUGCGCUGCUGGUGGGAGACACGCUGUGGCUGUGUCAGCCGCAGCAGCAGCAGCAGCAGCAGCAGCAGCAGCAGGCUCUACUGGCUGCUUGCAGCAGAGCCUCCGGUGCUGCUGCCGGUUCUUAGCAUGCCGCAGCAGCAGCAGCAGCAGUGGCGGUGGGCACUUUGCUGCAGCCUUCUCUGGCGGCUCCGGGGGCAGCUGCCCAGCAGCAGCAGCAGCAGCAGCAGCAGCAGCAGCAGCAGCAGCAGCAGCAGCAGCUUGCCGCAGCAAGCCGAGGAAGAGGAAGCAGUGGAGCUGCUGCUGCUGCAGGUGGCGAGACACUGCGUGAAAAUCCUGGGAAGAGGCAGAGUUUGCUGCUGCUUGCUGCAUGCGCUGCAGCCGUGUGGCAGCAGCUUAGAUGCUGCAGCAGCUGAGAGCCUGUCUGCGAGCUGCAGCAGCAGCUGCAGCAGCAGCGGCAGCAGCAGCAGACGCAGCAGCAGCAGCGGACGCAGCGUCAGCGAGAGCAGCAGCUACUACACCGUUCAGAGCUCUGCAGAAGAUGAUUUCCUGAGGAACAGGAGCAGCAGCAGCAGCAGCAGCAGCAGCAGCAGCAGCAGCAGCGAGUCCCACAGCGCCUGCUGCUUCCCAGGGCCGUCUGCCCUUUCUUUAGGGGCUCUUAGGGCCCUCCGCAGCAGCAGCAGAAGCUGCUGCUUCAGGGAUCGCCUGCUGCUGCAGCAAGCGGCGGCCACUGCUCGGCGAAUUGCAGCAGCAGCAGCAGCAGCAGCAACAGCAGCAGCAGGAACAGCCGCGGGAACAGCAGCAGAGGACUGGGAAGUGACGCUGCUGCAGCGGGUUCUGUGGGGACUCACUAAGCAGGCAGCAGCAGCAGCAGCAGAAACUGCAGCAGCAGCAGCAACAACAGCAGAGAGGCUGCUUCUAGGAGAUGCUGCAGGAGCUGCAGCGGCCGGCGCUGCAGCAGCAACUGCAGCAGCAGGACCGCUGCUGCAGCGUGCUGCUGUAAGUGCCUGUGUGUCCCUGCUGCUGUGGCUGGCUCAUCAGCAGGAGGAGCAGCAGCAGCAGCAGCUGCUGCUGCUGCCGCUGCAGCUGGGAGCCUCUGAGGUGUGGGGCCGGUUCUUACAGCAGCAACAGCAAACCCUCAUGCCGAAAGCAGCAGCAGCAGCGGGAGGUGCAGCAGCAGCUGCUGCUGCUGCCGCUGCCUUCUCCUCUGCUGCAGAGACUUGGCCACUCGCUGCUAUUUUCCCUCCCACGGCGCAGCAGCAAGCGUUGGAACAGCAGCAGCAGCAGCAGCAGCAGCAGCCCCAGAUGCAGCAGCAGCAGCAGCAGCAAAGCAACCAAACAAGUCCUUCUGUCCCGCUGCUGCUGCGUGACUCGGGUGUAUGCACUGUGCAUGCGCAGCUGCAGCACGGGGAGCUGCUGCUGCUGCAGCAGCAACCGCUGGUCGCAGCUCUGCAGGAUUGCUUGCUGCUGCUGCUGCUGCCGCAGCAGCAGCAGUGUGUAGAUUUGAUGUUGGCAGCAAGCGAGGAGAAGCGGCAGCAAAGGCUGCAGAGGCUGCUGCUGCUGGACCAGCUGCAGCAGGAGCAGCAGCGGCAGCAGCGGCAGCAGCAGCAGCAGCAGCAGCAAACUGAACUCUCUUCAGAUGGACCCAUCAGCACUCUUGCUGCCAGGAUGCUGCAGCGGGGCAGCGCCUUGUGUCUUCUUCUCUCGGGCUGCAGCAGCAACUUGAACUCCGCGCAGGCUCGCCCGCAGCUGCAGCAGCAGCUGCAGCAGCAGCAGCAGCAGCAGCAGGUGGCCGCCGUGCUGCAGCAGCGCCUGCUGCUUUCUUCUUCACCAAUGUGGCGGCUGCUGCUUCUCGGUGUGGUGCAGCAGCAGCUCCAGGUGCGCGAGAGCACAAGUCUGGCGGGUGCUUCUACCGCAGCAGCAGCAGCAGCAGCAACAGCAGCAGCAGCAGCAGAACUGCCUCUCGUCCCUGCUGCUGCUGCUGCUGCAUGCGCGGCCCUCUCAGACCGACUUUGCCGGCAGAUUUCUAGCGCAAAAAGCGAGGGCAGCAAAGGCGGCAGCAGCAGCAAGGGCUCGAACACUCAGCAGCAGCAGCAGCAGCAGCAGCAACAGCAGCAGCAGCAGCAGCAACAGCAGCAGCAACAGCAGCAGCAACAGCAGCAUGACUGCGAAGCAGCAGAUGCUGCUGUGGCUCGCUGCUUUUUGCCCUUUUGGCUGCCUGCGGAGAGUUGCAGCUGGCAAGAGUGCCUUGACAGGGACCAUGCACAGCAGCAGCAACAGCAGCAGCAGCAGCAAAAGUUGCAGCAGCAGCAGCAGCAGCAGCAGCAACACCUUCGACAACGACAGCUGGCACAACUUGUUCGUUUUGCUGCUGCUGCAGCCAGCGCCACUCAUGCCGACAGAGUAGUGGGGGAGCAGCUGCUGCUCGCGGCUUCUUGGCAGCUGAAGCAGCAAACGCAGCAGCAGCAACAGCAGCAGCAGCAGCAACAGCAGCAGCAGCAAUCCCGUGAGAGCCUGGAGGCGCAGCUGGAGCGGAUAAGAGAAACUGCGGAAUGGUUUAAAGGCCUUUGUGGGGCGUUUGGUGGUCCAUCUGCUGCUGCUGCUGCUGCUCCUUUUUACUCCACAGCAGCAGGAAGUCCUAUGCGCAGCAGCAAAUCCCCGAAGGCAGCGCUGCUGCUGUUGCUGCAGCAGCAGCAGCAGCAACUGCUGCUGCACAAGGGCGCAUGCGGCGCAGGUGCUGCUGUACUUAACGCACUCAAUGCCUCUUGUGCUGCUGCUACUGAGAGCAGCGAAGCUGCUGAGGCCUUUCUGCUGCUGUUCCAGCAGCCCGUGUCUAAGGAGCUUCGAAUGCUGCGUCUGUCGCUGCAGCUGCUGCUGCUGCAGUCGCUGCAGCGCAGCAGCUGCAGCAGCAGCACUAGCAGCAGCAGCGUGUGCCUGAAUUUGCCUGCUGCAGCAGCUGCUGCUGCAGCAAGGGUCUCGGGCGCCAUGGCUGUGCUGAAGCAAACAGUGGACAUGUACCUGCAGCACGCAGAGCCAGCAGCAGCAGCAGCAGCAGCAGCAGCAGCAAUAGCAGGCUCUGCACUAAUGCAACAAUGUGGAAAGCUGCUGCAGCAAAUCCCCGGAAGCACUUUAACUGUUCCCCCAGUGCUGCUGCUGCUGCUGCUGCCGCUCACAGGCGGCGGCGAUUUGCGGCUGCCGCAAGUGCUGCUGCUGCGUGCUGCUGCUCCGCGGCCGCUGUCUCCUGCGCCAGAGCCUGCGCUGCAGCAGCAGCAGCAGCAGCAGCAGCAGCAGCAGCAGCAGCAGCAGCAGCAAGAGGAGCAGCAGCAAAACGGCGUGGCGGCUUCAAAGGAGCAGACAGCUCUGUUGCCCCAAGCCUUUCUUGCGGCACACCAACUAAAGCGUCUUCAGCAACAGGAGCAGCAGCAGCUGCUGCAGCAGCAGCUGCUGCAGCAGCAGCAGCUGCAGCAGCAGCAGCAGCAACAGACGGAUCUCAGUGAAGAGCAGCAACCUCCGACGUCUGAUGCUUCUGACGUCACUGCAUGCAGCGAGGAAGAAGAGCUGCAGCUGCCGCUGGUGGAGGAGCAGCAGCAGCAGCAAAGCCGCACAGUCUCCGCCUCAGAGGCGCUGCAGAUAUCAGCUCUUGCGCAGGCUCAAUGCCUUCUAGCCUCAGUUGACGAAGCAGCCUAUUCGCCGCUGCUGCCUGCAGCAGAGACAGCAGCUCGCCUUGCAUUCCUUGGAGAGCUCGCAGCAGCUGUUCGUCUUUGCUGCUGCUGCUCACUGAACCCUUUGGGGGCUUUCCACGCCUUUAUUUACUGUGCUCUGAGAUCCACAGCAAAAGGCGAGGCGGCACAGCAGCAGCAGCAGAAGCAGCAGCAGCAGCAGCAGCAGAAGCAGCAGCAGCAGCAGCAGCAAGGGAAACAACAGCGCAGCCGAUGGGAUGAGUUGCUGCUGCACCUAGAGAGGCACUGGAAGCUUUUGGCAGCAAAAGAUGCAGCUCUUGUGGGGCUCAAAGGAGCUGCUGCUGCAGCAGCAGCAGGACCAGCAGCAGCAGCAGCAGCAGCAGCAGAGCGUGCAAAGGCCCAGCGACUUUUCGCAGCGCUGCAGCAGCAGCUGCAGUCUCUUGCUGUUCUUUUGGGGCCUCAGCGAAUACCUGCCCAAGUCCUGGCAUUUCUGCAAGACAAACUCGACGAAGAAGGAGGUGGACUGGCCCGUCUGCCGCAGCUGCUGCUGCAGGGCCGCCUGGAGGCAGCAGUGCUGCUGCUGGAGAAGCACGUAGCAGCAGCAGCAGCAGCAGCAGCAGCAGCAGCAGCAGCAGCAGCAGCAGCAGAUGGCACUGGGCAGGAGGCCGCGCUGCGAGAGCAGCGAGAGGCGACACAAGAGCUGCAGGUGCAAGCAGCAGCACUGGCCCAGCUUCGCACUGCGGUGCUGCAGCAGCAGCCGCUGCUGCUGCCUCGGCUGCAGCAAACCCUUCUCAAAGCACCAAAGCAGCAGCAGUCGCAGCAGCAGCAGCAGCAGCAGCAGCAGCAGCAGCAGCACAGCACAUCUGUUUGUCGUCUUGAGCCGCUGCUGCUGCAGCAGCAGCAGCUGCAGCAGCAGCAGCAGCAGGCGCAAAAGAUGCAACUGCGCCAGAAGCAGCAGCUGCUGCCGCAGCAGCAAGAGCAGCUGCUGCCGCAGCAGCAAGAGCAGCUGCUGCUGCAGCAAGAGUAG